AUCAAAGAAUGCACUCACUGACAUCUUACAGAACCAAGAGUAAAGAAAACUGACUGAAACGGAGUGUAAGAGCAGACUGAACCUGUGGAUUAGUGAUUAUUUGUACACACACUGACCUCAGUACUGUGUGUGGCGAUGUUUAACUAGAGCGUCCACGACUGGAACAGCAGACCAGGAAAAGUAGAAGAACAAUUUUUUUCUUUUCUAUACUUUUUGAUGUGUUUUUGAGGCCAGUUGUGGGCUGAACCUGGACUCCAGUAGUCUGACAGUGAUCUCAUAUUAUACCAUGUUUACAGCAGUAAAUGAUAACAGCUAUGUAAACACUGGAAACUCAAAAUUUCAAUAAUAAAAAAAAUCCCCUUCAAAAAACCCACGUCAGAAUUUGUAGGAGGAGUCAGACACCUCCUCUUCCUCCUGGUCGCCCUCCUUCAGACCCCAGAGCAGCAUUCAGAGGAAGUUAAAGCCCUCAAAGCUCUUCAGCCUCUAAAUUCAGCGAUGAUGUCAAACUAUUUGCCGUUAGCUUAUUGGUCUUCUGCUGUGACGUCCAACAGAUCUGAAACAAGCUUCAGUACGAAGGUGGGGCCUGUCCUUUCAGACACUUUCCUCCAAUCACCAUGCACAUCCCAAGAGGCCCCUCCCUCGCUCCUCCUCACCCCCUGCCUCUGGCUGAAUGAUUCCAGCUGUCAGUCACCGAGCCCUGCUUACAUCCCACCUGCAUCUUCUUCAUCCUUGUAUAGUAAUCAUGCUCUGAUUCCAUCCCCCACCCACCUCCUCUCCUCAACACCUGGAUGUAACAGUUACCAUGGCAACCUGUACACACCCUCCUCCCCCUCUGCAGGUGACUGGAUGCUACCUGACAGUCUGUCUUGGGGGCAGGGAUGUGGACCAGAGCAGCGCGAGUGCGUGAGCUGUGGGACGCAGAGCGCCCCCCUGUGGAGGCGAGACGCUGCAGGUCGACUCCUGUGUAACACCUGCAGCCUCGGACAGGAAGCCAACAACACACCGCUGCUGAGACCGAAGAGACGAGCUAGCAGGAUUCAGAGGAAAGGAACUCAGUGUGUCAACUGUCUGACUGAGCACACGACGCUGUGGAGGAGAAACUCUGCAGGAGAAGCCGUCUGCAACGCCUGCGGACUCUACUACAGACUACACCGGGUGAAUCGCCCGCUGGCCUUGAAGAAAGAUGGAAUCCAAACCAGAAAACGGAAAGUGGUCACUAAGAAUAAGAGGAAAACUGACCAAUCAGAGACCAAGCUGCCUAAGGGGGUCCAGCCCAGUGAUGUCACAGCAGCUGACAGCAGCGUUGUCGGGUUUUAGGUGACCUGAUGCUGCAGAGGAAAACAUCAGCUCAGGACCUUCUUCUUCAUUAUCAGAACAAUCGAGUGAAUAAAUAAAUCCAUGAACCUCUGCAGACAGGAGCUGCUCGCACAACUUGAAGAGAAAUUUGUGAGGGUAAAGCUUUUCAGACGUGUCUGCUGUUGUUGCUUCCUGUGUGCCGUCCUCUGUGAUCACCUGUGUUUUUAGAUUUUUGUUGGCUGUAUUUACUGUGGACCUUGUCUCCAGCCCAAUAAAUGACUCACUUUUUGUUAUUUAACACAUCUUAUUUUGCCUCCUACAUUUGGGUCCCCACUCCUCCACUCCCCCCUCCUUCUGACAGCAGCAUUUAUCGACAGCUACCAGGACGAACUCAUCACUCAUGUGAUCCAAUGGAUAAACAUUAACAGCCUGG